GCGGAUGUUUUGGAAAACAGUCGGCUGUGGGGUAGGGAAACUGAGCUGUGUAGGAAUGUGACGUUUGCUCUUAACUUUAUGUCACUGAAACAAUGAAAGCGAACUCCUCAGACAGUAAAGACGACAUGUAGCGUGUACGGCUGCGGUUUGCGGUUUCUUCUUGUUGAACGAGAUUAAAUGAGCUAACGGUAACAUUUAACUUUAGACUGCUGUGAGUUACGAGUUUAAAACUCGGCUUAACUUAGCAAUAUUUUAUAGUAUUAGGAAACGUUUAAAUGAGUAAAAUGUGUCUUUUAGUUGUUUAGUUUCGUUUUAUGUCAGGGUGGCGUGUUGCUCUAAAUAAGGCUGGAUUUUUGUGUUUAUGUUCACCGGAAACCGUAUUUACGCCUUAACAUUACCUUCACAGAAAAAUGCCUAAAAAGGCCAAAAAGAGAAAGCACAAGAAGUCCUCUUCGUCCUCAAGUGAAGAAGACGAGAGGGUAUCCACAGGACAAGAUGCAACCAACAGUUACAAAACCGCCAAGAGGAAACAAGUUUUAAAGAGUCAGAAAAGCUGUAAAAAGGACAAGGAAAAAUCUGCUUCUUCUCCUGUUAAAGAUGACUCCCAAAGCACCCGGCAAAUCAAAAAACCUGUCUACAGAUUGGCAAAAACACAAGCAACAGAGCAGAAACCCAUUAAUAAGGACAGACAAUAUGCAAAAUCCAAACCAGUCUUUGUGGCAUUCCAUGGGGAUCAUUGCUCCAGUAAAGCAAAGAAUUAUGUUUCAGGGAAAGAUAAAACUGUCACUGGAAGCGACAUUGUGGAAAGAGGAUACUCAAAACUCAGUGCAGGUGCAGUUCCUCAGAGAACAGAAACGAAAUCUAAAGGUGGGUUCGAUGAAAAGUCUUCCCAGAGGAGCCAGUCCAAAUUAAACAAGCCUCGAGUGGAUCCCAGUUUAGUUUCUGCUAAAGUGAAAGAACCGAGGCAGGAUGUGCAGAAGAGGAACUACAGAACUGAGAACCCACCCAGGACUGGAAAUCACAGCAGCACUCUCAAGGCCAGCGAACCUACCUCCUCCGUCUCUGUUGAAAAAAAGGAGUUAAAGACCAAAAGAAGUUUGUAUAAAGAUGAUGCAAACAUGUCUUCUGCCUCCAUCUUAAAGAAGUCUUCCACUUCAGCCAAACACAGUGCCUCAGAAAGCAGCUCAAAGAUGCAAGUGGUUGAAGAGCUUCAUCUUGCCCGCUCUGAGAAGAGAUUGGAGGUGAAUGUCUUGAAGAGCUAUGGGGAACUCACCGCUAUGGACAUAGAUUGUCCCGAAGAAGGACCUGCAGGCAAAAAGUCGUCUCAGCAGGACCUAAUCCUUGUUCUCGACACAAACGUUCUCCUCAGUCACCUGGAUUAUGUGAAAAAGAUCCGCUCUCAUGGCCUCGGAGGCCUGGGCUUUCCCAUUAUCCUCAUCCCCUGGGUGGUGCUUCAGGAGAUGGACUCCCUAAAAAUGGGAAGAGGCCUGUCAGGCUCCGUGGCCCACCUGGCGACUCCAGCCAUCUCUUACAUUUACAAGUGUUUGAAAAGCCGGGAACCUCGCCUGUGGGGCCAAUCUAUGCAGCAGGCCGCAGAGAGCAGCAAUGGUCUGACUACUGAGAAUAACGAUGACAGAGUGCUGCAGUGCUGCCUGCAGUACCAGAGUCUGUACCCAGAGUGUGCUCUCACCUUAUGCACCAAUGAUAAGAAUCUGUGCAGUAAAGCCCUCCUGAGUGGGGUGAAGGCACUCUGCAAGACUGACUUGGAGGCAGAGGUUGGGAGAUCCAGACAUAGCCUUCAGAUCACUGCAGACAUUCAGGCUUCUGUGCCACCGCGCAAUAACCCUCAGGUCUUAUCACCAACGCUGAGCACGAGUUGCCCACCAGUUCAGUCACAUGGACAAGAGAAAGCAGGCUUUUAUGUGGGAGUCCUACAGAAAGACAGCAAGCAGCUCAAUGAAGGAGACGAGGAGAGGACAGUUAGGGACCUCAGCGGAUGCAUUUCUGCAUUAGAAGACUGUCUGAGGGAGGUGCUGUCUGAAGUUUUGCAAGUGGAGAUGAAGGCUGCUUAUGAUGACCUCUGGCUAGAGAUCGUUUAUUUAAAGCCACCGUGGACACUUCAGGAUGUCUUGCAGUGUAUAAAAAAGCACUGGAUUGCUGUUUUUGGCCUCCUUGUCCCACGGAGGAAGGAGCAAACUGUUUUAAAGCUCAUCAAAUUUUUCAACUCGGGUGAAACGGUGGACCAUGAAACCAUCUCAGAGGCCGUUCAAGAUGCCAAAGAGCUUGUGAACGCUUUUUCGAAAAGUUCAAAGCAUGUUCCACGAGCCAUCGCUGUACUGGACGACAUUUUGAACAAGCUACGGCCUCAGCCAAAUCUUCCAACGGGGGGAGAAUCUUCCGCCUCCGACGUUGUGAUGAAUGACGAUGACGAUAACGGAAACUCUCACCAGGAAGUGUGGGCCGUGUUUGAGAGCAUCUGGUCUCACGUGUGUCAACUAAGCUUGGAGGUGUUCAAAGCUCUGGGCUUUGACCCUCACACCAGGCAGUACCUUCAGCCAGAGGGAGCUGCUCCACCACCACAGGAUGCCUUGGCCUGCUUGCACAAACUGUCCUCCAUGGUCUCGCAGCUGCUCCAAGCUUUCAGCAGUGUCUUGUUAUCAGCUCCCGGCUUAGAAGAAGUCCAGACACUGCUCAGCAUCAUCCACUCCAACAAUAUAUUAAGUGAGAAUUCCAGGUUAACAGCCAAAGACCUGCUCGACUGUUUUUCACAACCAGACUACAGGGAGAAGCUCAGGGUGGGAGGGACCAAGUUAAUGGAGCUUCAAGAGCUCUUGGAACACUGUGUUCAAGCUGCAGGUCAAUACACGACGUUCCCCACGUAGCACCGUCGUACCAGUGUCAGGAACGUUGCUCAUCAACCAAAUGGAUUCCUCGACAUGACAGAUUCUUAACUUGAACUCGAAGCUGUCGAGUUAAAGGCGCAUCUGCUCGUGCUGUACCCGUUUCUGCCUUUGUUCUCCAUCCAUAAAGUUCAUGUUACAGAGAGAACGCUAUUUUCCGAAGGUUUGUUUAAUGCUUUGUACUGUCUGUAACAGCUGGUUUGUUUAAUUCAGCAAGUACAGAUUUCAUCAUUCUCCAAUAGCCUUGCACUUCUGUCCUCAAUGAGUUUUGGAUUUAAGGUGAAAUUUAGUUUAUAAAUAUUUAAAUCUAUUUUUAAAAAGCGUAUUAUUUUGUUUAGAGUGAUAAAUUAAAUCACAAAACAUAUUUUUACUUGAAAUAUUUUUUUAAUAAAAAUAAAAUAUGUACCAUUUGUUAUUAAAAGGCCUGUAUUUAUUUAGAGGUUUGUUUUUAAAUCAUUUCUGAUUACCUGACAGCUUCUUACGUUACGUUGUUUAACUCACAUCGAUGCCACUCUCAUUCAGUAUGAAGCUGGAGCCCGGAGAUAAUUCUUUAAUGUAGAUUUUAGGCUGGCACAGCGAUCAGGACAAAAACCCCUUUCAUGAUAAACCAGCAGGUCAGUGAGCAGAUAGAAAAGUACUGUUUCCACCUUGAGGCUCAGAGAGCUCAGGUUACAUCCAAAAAACAACACUGUUUUUCUUUUUAUGAAUGCUGAGAUUGUUCAAUGCAUGCUUUUUUAGAGCCCAUUUUGACAUCUAAACUUAUGUUUUUUUACUUGUCACUUCAGCCAAUAAUUACAUUUUUAAUAUGCAGUUUGUUUGCUGUUGCUUGGAUUUGAAUCACUAGUCACGGUUUUUUUUUUAACCGAGGUAGUGUUUGGCCGUGCAGAGCGCUGCUGUGAUCGUCAGCCCGAGCGUGGUCGUGCGUGUGAAGGGUGACUAAGGGGAUUAUAUGCCUGUGAUGCCAGCAGACAGGCUUAGAAUACACCUGCUGGUAGUGUGACACAAGGAGAGGCUGAAGCAUCAGACGUCAUGCAGGGAGAGGUGGAAGAAGACGGCGAAAGGACGGGUAAUGAGGACCACAGAGGAUCCCAACUUCCCGUCUCAGCUCAGUCAUUUAGAAAAAUGUACAGAGCAUUUGUUUUAGUGUUCUUUAAUUUAAACUUAAACUCAUGUAGCUGUCGAGGGACCUCGCUGUGACCUAAUUCGUUUCUUUCAUUUUGUAUGUAUCAAAGUUAUAAUUGUAAAUGAUCAGGUAAGAAUUUAAAAUGCCUCAACACAUGUCGAUGCUCUCAGCUCUUUAGUCAUGGUCCCACUUUACAACGCAAGGGCAAAAUGUUUGGCCAGACAAACUUAUACUGGCCCAUUUUUCCCCCACCACACUGUCAGGUAUGUCCAUACAGCUUAUCAGUGACCAAGUUGUGAAUUGAGUGCAGGGCAGGGAUUAAACCAGCUCCGGCAGGCAGCCAGCCAGUGAUGUGAGGUCACGCAGUCCCCUUUCAACACUUCCACUAUCCAGAAUGACUGUCGUCAUCCCUUCCUGCUGAUGUCUGCUAGCCAGCUUAGCAUAAUCUCCACUUGGGAGGGGAAAAACUGGCUUAGUGUGGUAGUCACUGUGGAAAAUGGUAGCAGUGAAAGCAGUGAACAGGACACAGGAAUUAUUCAGGAGCAGAACAAGAGGAAGAUGAGGUGGCAGCAAAAGUUAGGGUCACCUGCCGAGUCAUCACUUAAAAACGAUACAAUCUGAAUAAAUGUUUGCAUUGUUAUCGAGCGAUACUGGUGUGAUACUUUGUGUUAAUUAGUUGAUUAAUGUCAGAAUUUGCAAACUGAUGUUUCAUCUCAAAUCAUGACACACCACACCAAAAGAAUCUGGUUUAAAUGAUUUAUUAAGAAAUGUUACAAAUGUGGUCAUUUUCUUGCUCUAACAAUCCUUCCAGAAGAAUCUGCCAAUGCCUGACACUUUGAAACCCAAGACGGAAAAAAAAAAAAAA